AUGUGCAUUGGAGGACUGGCAUACAACAAUUACAUAAAUGGGCAGAAGAAGGUUCAAGAAGAAUUUGACAUAGACAUGGACGCGCCAGAGACAGAGCGGGCGGCUGUGGCGAUACAGUCCCAGUUCAGAAAAUUCCAGAAGAAAAAAGCGGGGUCCCAGUCUUAG